AGGAUAUUCAACAAUGAGUUCCAUCUGUACGUGGGCUGGAGACGGUGUGCAGCUGAGCUGACAAGGACGUGCUGCUAUGGCCUGAACUUAAACGUCCCCUUCAAACCGAAAGUUCUGCGGAGGAAAUGCCUGGUCUGAUCGCCUCUGCGUAUGGCUGCUCAGCCAACCUUUUGCGUCAUUCUCAACAUUUCUGUGAAGAUUGUGCCGAGCCAAUCCACUCGCUCUUUGCAGAAAAGGUUUAAGUAACAGGCAAAGCUGCAACUGGGGUGGCAUCGUUGACUGAGGAACUGAUACUUCAUGCAGGAACGUUUUGCAAGACGCAUGAAAACUGGUUAUCUCGAUGUUGACUCGUGUUUAUGAUUCUGUGGUGUCUUUUGACCGCCACAGAGAGGAGGCAAUGAUGAGCAGCAAGCCAACCCCACGCUUCAUGGACCCAGUGGCUCACGCCAAGUUGCCCAGGUUGGAGACGACGUUGGGCACCAAAUCAGGAGACAUGCCUGGCUAUUCCCACGAGGAGCCUGUAAACUACAGCGGUGCUUACUUCUCCUACUGUCUCAGUGGGCCGGAGGGGACCGACCUUCCCCCUCACUGGAGUCCCCCAGGUGCCUGCCUGCAAAGGAGCCCCAUUGUUCACCCCACGAGUGCUGGCCGGCCAUUGAGCAGUCAGAUCACUCAAAGGCCGGAAAACAUGGCCCACUGUGUGGAGGGCAGUUCUCACGCGGCCACACGUGACCUGGCAGCCAAUCAGCAGUCGUCAUAUUACGACAGGGUUCCGGAGAAGCAAGGUCCAGGCGCUCCUGGGAUCCAUGCACCGACAGCUGUGAGAAAGCUUGGCGUGGGAGGGGCCACGGUCACCCCACCGAGAGGGAGUCCCGUGGGCCUAGCUGUCCCUAAGCCCAUAUAUGGACACAACCCCUGCUGCACUGAACAUGGCUGUACAUCGGGACCCUGCUACAGCAUGGAGCGCGGUGUUCCCCGGGUCCACCCAAACGCCUACAACGAGGAGUGGAUGUUACACUAUGGGCCCCUGUCUCUCCUCCAGAGAAAAGAGCGCGAAGCGUUACUGCAGCUGGAGCAGAGCUCUGUCCGCUUCCCCCUGAGAGAGACUGCACCAGAAGGGUACCAUGCCAUGAGACCGACCAGGCCGAUGAGGUUUCCCUCUUUCAUAGAACCAAAUUAUGGUAAUUUCCCUUAUGCCAGUGCUGCCCGCUCCCCUUUAAGCCCCUCCUCUGACCUAUUUCACCGUUUACAGUUUCCCUCCAAGGUGUACCACACCCUGCCCCCACCCCCCUCCUGCACUUAUGAGGAGAUGCAGCAGAUGGCUCUCGCACACCCUGGGAUUUCGCCUAAAAUGUACCCAGAUCGCCCUCCUCCCGCUCCCAGGUACACACAGCUACCACAGCGACCCGUGUUUUACUACUCUCAGGGGAACGUUGAGCUUGAAAGCCCCUCGCCAUACAAUGGCUCCAGCAGGAAUCUGACUGCAGAUCCUCCCCCCACUGUGAGCAAGCAGGUUUCUCCAAACCCAUUGGGGCCCUGCCUCAGGCCUCAGCCGUCUCUGAGUGACUUCCCAGGCGCCUGUCCUGCAGCCCCCAUGAACUCUUCAUUUCCCAGGAACUGCGACCUUUCACAUUUUCAGAUGUACAGGGCACAUGCAGGCAUGGCCGGGCAGAAGAGGACUUUUGCUGAAGGGCCUGGUGCCUCCCUGCUGGUCAGGCACGCGGACCGGCCCGUCGAUUACUCUUCACAGGGAGCGUGGGUGACCAGUUCCCCGAGGGAGCUGUGCAAGGGGUCACUCAGUCCAGGAGCCUUCCACCCCGUACAGCAGUCGCUCUCCGACUACAGGGGCUCAGAUCACUUGGGGUCUGUGGGAAAGGGCAGAAUACUUGGAAAUCACAGAUUGGACGACGAGCAUUCGGGCCCCAAAGCAGUGGCUCCUCAGUGCAGUGUGGCCCACCAUGAGGGAGGAGCAGUGGCAGGCGCUGGGCCUGCUCGACACUGCAGCAGUGUGGAACGCACCUCUUCCCUGUGUGCAAACAGCCCUGACCAACCAGCCACCGCUGAGGCACUUGACAUGGGGCAGACAGACAGAAGUGAGUAUGCGUAUGAAACGCAGGCGCCCAACAGACCGCAAGAACUGAAGGGAUCAGACCCAAGGCAGGGAGAGAGGCUGCGCAGUCCACCGUCACCUCCCAUGCCUGUCAUCAACAAAGUUUUUAGCCUGGCUCCGUACAAGGCCUACCUUCAAGCAUCGGGAAUGCUACCACAGCAGAAUGGCCUUCAAAAUAAGAAGGCGCGUAGUAACGAGAGAGACUCUCCACAAGGGCUGGAUGAACCCACGCACAAGCCUUCACAGACGCCUUCUGAGGCUAACCCAGUCCAGAUGCUGGAACCUCACCAGAUAAAAACUGAGAAAGUCACCCUUGAAGAGACAGAUUGUUCAUUGAAGUCUGAUGAAAUCAGAUGUGAAGGACAGCAGCAAGGCCUCAAAGAGACCAUCGUCAAGGAAGAGGACACCGAAAAAGUGACGAGCUCGUCUGACAGCGUGCUCGACUUACGAGUGAAAAAGGGAGAAUUCAGUGUCUUCGCUUCUGAGGUCCAAACGUCCAUGCAUCUACUGAGCUCCACAGCAUACGGGGUGGAUUCUGCCGACAGGCAUGGAGUCACGAGAGGCCUCACUCUGAAUCGUAACGGCGAGCACUCUGUGCUGGUGGCGCACUCUCCGAAACCUGUGAUACCGAGUCCCGUGCCCCAAGAAACAAAAGUGUUUCAACAGAUACCUCCCCAGUAUGUAAACCGGUCCGCUUUUAAGAUCAUCGUACCAGAUGUUCUUAGCCCCCCUGCUCCGUCUCAUGCACCUGAGGUUCCCCAGCCCGCCCCAGAGGUGAAGCCACCCGAAGACGCCAACAGACAGGCCCGCCACCGCUUCUUGGAGAUGCACCAGUAUCUCUUCCGGCUGAUCUCCGCCUCCGUCUCCCAGGCCCCCGAACAGGAGCUGCGGGCCUGGUUGGCAAAUUUAGAGCCACAGGAGACCGCCUCCUGUCCCGCCAAGGCCGUGCCAGUCACCGGCCUGCUGGCCGCGGCAGCAAAAGAGGCGUGGCUGAGGUGCAAGGACAUAGCUGCCACGCUCUCCCAGGUUGUGGGCCAGCUGGAGGACUACGUGGCAAGCCAACAGUGCCCCUUCCCCCACGUCACCCGUGCGGGGACGUUCUUCAUCCCCAUGCUGGUGGUGAAGGAGUACCUAUUCCCGCAGGUCCUGGGGGCGCACAUUGACCGGGUGCUCCAGGAGCACCACGUGGAGCUGCGGCCCACCACACUCUCUGAGGAGCGCCACCUCAUGCAGCUCCAGAAACGCGCCUGCUCCUCCAAACUCAGGAGGCUCCUCUCCCUCAAGCACCUGCCAGACAUUUACCCCGAUGUGCUGAACCUCUACUACCAUGCCUGUGUCGGCAAGCGCCUAGAUUCCACUUCACCUGCUGGUGCCCAAAAGACAGCUCAGGUAUAGUGCUCGGCAGCCCAGUGAAAACCGAAAAAAAGGACUGUUCAGAGGAAAUGGAAGCUUCCGGGAACGGAACGUCUGCCCAAAGCCCCUCGGACAGGCCAAACCUUCUAGAUCCUCCCAAACAGCUGAAGCACCU